UGUCUGGUCCAAAAGUUGAGAAUGUUGAUGGAGCAGCGACUAAAUGUUACUGUUGAAGAAAUAUUUGGAGUGUUGGAAAGAACCAUAGCAGAGUACGAGGAGGAACUUUCUAGGACAAAGGAGGAGAACAAAGGUCUAGAAGAACUACUGGAUGCUGUUUUCAAACCUCAACUUACGUCCAGCAGGUGUCAGCGGGGAGUCAUGAAGAGGAGUGGCACACCAGUGUGGGACAGAAGGAGCUACAGGCCCCCUCCCACAUUAAAGAGGAGCAGCUUCAUGAUGAAGAUGAAGCUCAGUCCUUACAGCUUCAUCACAGUCAAAGUGAGGAGAACAGAGGGGCGGAGCUUGUAAGUCAACACAUCACAGAAGCUGAUGGAGAGCAUUGUGAAGAUAUGACGUCAGAACCAGACAGCAUCUUUGCUCCACUGUCAGACAUGGACCACAUGAUGUCACACUCUUCUGAUCACAGUGACCACAUCCAAAAACCUUUGGCGAGUCAAAAUGACUCUAAAGGUGAUACGAGACAUCACACUAACAACAAACACUUUGACUGCUCUCAAUGUGGGAAAUCAUUUAGACUGAAGAGGGAUUUUACAAGACACAUGAGAAUACAUACUGGAGAGAAACCUUUUACUUGCUCUGUUUGUAAGAAGAGUUACUCCACAAAGUGUAACAUGACCACACACAUGAGAACACACACUGGAGAGAAACCUUUUACUUGCUCUGUUUGUAAGAAGAGUUUCUCCAGAAAGGGUGACAUGACCACACACAUGAGAACACACACUGGAGAGAAACCCUUUUCUUGCUCAGCUUGUGCUAAAAGAUUCAGCACUAAGAAGAAAAUGAUAUUACACAUGAGAACACACACAGGUGAGAAACCUUUUAUUUGCUCGGUUUGUAAGAAGAGUUUCUCCAGAAAAGACUACAUGACCACACACAUGAGAACUCACACUGGAGAGAAACCGUUUAGUUGCACUGUGUGUGAUAUUAUGUUCAGGUUUAAGUAUCAGGUGAGUAAACACAAGUGUGUAACAGUCAUGGAAGCUGCAGGGAUGUAAAAACACUUAAACAGUGAUUGUGCUAAAUGUAGUUUAAAAACACAGCAUGUUUAAUAAGAAUGUACACUACCGUUCAAAAGUUUGGGGUCACAUGUAAAUGUGGUUAUUUUUGAAGGAAAAGCACUGUACUUUUCAAAGAAGAUAACUUUAAACUAGUCUUAACUUUAAAGAAAUACACUCUAUACAUUGCUAAUGUGGUAAAUGACUAUUCUAGCUGCAAAUGUCUGCUUUUUGGUGCAAUAUCUACAUAGGUGUAUAGAGGCCCAUUUCCAGCAACUAUCACUCCAGUGUUCUAAUGGUACAAUGUGUUUGCUCAUUGGCUCAGAAGGCUAAUUGAUGAUUAGAAAACCCUUGUGCAAUCAUGUUCACACAUCUGAAAACACUUUAGCUCGUUACAGAAGCUACAAAACUGACCUUCCUUUGAGCAGAUUGACUUUCUGGAGCAUCACAUUUGUGGGGUCAAUUAAACGCUCAAAAUGGCCAGAAAAAGAGAACAUUCAUCUGAAACUCCACAGUCUAUUCUUGUCCUUAGAAAUGAAGGCUCAAACACAAAAUUGUUUGGGUGACCCCAAACUUUUGA